CCCGAUCAGCAAUCCAACCUUUUCAAGCAAGCAGGCGCAGAAGUGGAGUCAUAUGGAGAGCCGGAGUGCCUUUCCUGGCCGCUGCGCAACCUUCAUCAGCCUGUGUUGCCCCCUGUCCUGUAUUCAUCCAGGAUUGUCCCGUUAUUUCAAUGUAAAAUGUUACAUCCUGUAAUGAUACAGUUUUGUUUUGUAUUUCAGGUCUUCUCUCUCUCUCUGCCAAGUAAGGGAUCACGUGUUUGAAAGAGUGUGUGAAAGGUCAUGUAUUUAAGAUAACCAAGCACAGACACAUUUACAAAUUCAUGGGUGCGCGAGUACGUGCGCGACAAAUGUCAGAGGGGCCAUCCUGUUAGGCUGCAAUAAAUUGAAGUGGAUUGCUUCGAAGUCACUUCACUACCAGAUGAAAAAAAAAAAAUCGCCCACCAACCGCCCUGCCCUUACCACCCCACCCCCCCGCUUAGACUUGUAAUAUUUCAGAUUGAGACACAGGUCUGGUUUCAACAUUCCGAGAAAACGAAGGGAAUCGGGAAACCGCGUCUUAACUAUUUUCCUACUUCUGUUCUCUUAAGAACUAAACUUGCUUUAAAAAAAAAUAAAUAGAGAAAAGGUCACGCAUGCGCUCAAUUGUCGGAGGGCUUCCCUCCGCUCUCUGUAGGAGGCGCUGUUCUCUCAGUCUGGGCUCUCGCGAUGUCGUCGCUGUGCCAGCCUCCUCGAAAGGCGCAUGCGCGGUGUGCAGAGAAGAGGUGCGUCGCCUCGGGUAGCUGCUCUGAGGUGGAGAAGAGGGGCUGGGGAAGCUGGUGAAGAUACAAAGGCGAGGCGAGGCGGGCCGGGCCGGGCCUUCCGGCUUCUUUCCGGCUCAGGAUGUGGAAGUUGAGCCCAGCUGACGAGUCCGGGCCAGGUGAGGAGCGGAGCCUGAGGGGGAGGGGGCGUGUCCUGGGCAACUGGUCUCACUCCGGUUUGACGCCUGUUGGUUCUACCGCCUUCCGGCUUCUGCGUGUUGAUUGGUUGGUUCAGCCUGUCCUGGCUCGCCGCGUUUGAGCGGGUUGGAGAAGCGGCAGUUAGCCAAUUAGCCGAUGUUUACUUUGGGAAACUGGGGGGUGGGCUUCGCAUUGAGAGCAGGUGUGGGGAACUAUUGCUGAAGCACGACUCCCAUCAGCUCCAGCAAGCAUCGCCAAGGGCAAGGAAUGAUGGGAGUUGUAGUCCAGCAAAACAUGGGGGGGGGGGCCCGCAGGUUUUCCACAUCCUUGCUGUAAGGUGGAAGGGGUGGCUAAAGUCCUGUCUCCAGCUCUCCAUCCACAUGAAUAAAGAUUAAAAUCGGCGUUAUACCAUCAGAGGUUAAUUAAAAUUUGGUUGUGUUUUUCCCAUUUCAGGACAGUCAUACCACCUCUUAGUUGGUGUCGAGUAUGUUGUCGGACGUAGAAAUUGUGCCAUUUUAAUUCAAGCGGAUCAGUCCAUCAGCCGAAGCCAUGCAGUCCUUUCAGUUAGUCACCCUCAAGUGAACCUUGUAAGUACCAAAUGUACAACAUUAUGAAAUUGCAUCAUGCAAUUUUUAUCAUAAUUUCUGCAGUUAUAGAAUGUACAGCACCGCCUCAGUCAAGUCACAGAUUUCUCACUGCUCCCAGAUUUUUAGACCUCAUCUAACAAGAUUAUGUUUUGGAUGUGUUUUACUCAAUAUGUUUACCAAAUGAAAAAAGUAGCUACCAGAUAUAGCAGCCUUUAUUAGCUUGGCAUCCUCCAGGUAUUUGGGGCUAAGACUCCUGUGCUGGCUGUCACUUAGAACUAUAGUCCAAAACACCUGUAGAGCACCAGAUUGAGGAAGGCUGAGAUAGAGGGUUAAUGCUAGAAACAAAAAACACAAUGACCCAGUUUGCGUAUCACAAUAAACUAUAGAUAAUGGUUUGCCAUCAACCCCGCUGUCUGAGUGAAACGUAGGGAAAACAUUUGAUCCCUUGCUUAGUGUUACAUCCAAACGAAUAAUUGUGUUUUGUUUUGCUUCAACAAACCACAAUCAGUAAGCCAAGAGUAAAUAUUGCCUAUAGAUUGUUACACUCCCAACAAACCACGAUGUGUGGUUUGGAUAAAAUGAACUCAGUUGCUGUUGUUGGUACCUGAAAUGUUAUUUUUAUUUUCAGACUCAGUCUUCUACAUUUCCUGUGUUAACUUUAAAAGACACUUCUAAAUAUGGUACCUUUGUUAAUGAAGAAAAACUAGCAAAUGGUACUACUAGAACUUUGAGGUCCGGUGACAGAGUCACUUUUGGAGUCUUUGGAAGCAAGUACAGGUAAGAUCAAUUUGUGCUCAUCUUAAAAUGUUCAUGGCUAUGCUUGUUUGAAUGUCAUGGAAUACGUCUGAGGACUAAUUAGAAAUGGACAAAAAUAGUCAUUCUCAGCUGUGAAUCUUACAAAGGGUGUGAGUUCCCUUGCAAAUGUCUCUACUCUUAGAUCAUGAUACAUUCCUGCCAUAAUCUUUGCUUCAGUAGCUCUGCCUCCCUCCACUGUCUGAAGGCCUCCUGUUGCCUCAGAUAUUCCACCUUAGCUGUUCUGUACAGUUGGAAAUGCCUCCUAGAACACUGUCAUGGUGCCAACUCUUACUUCUUUCAAAAUCCACCUUUUCUAUAAGACCUUUGCCACAGCCCCUUAGAUGCUAUGCUUCACUGUAGCUGAACCUGUAAUUGAGCUUAAGUACAUGCAACUGAGGGAUGCGGGUGGCGCUGUGGUCUAAACCACUGAGCCUAGGGCUUGCUGAUCAGAAGAUCGGUGGUUCGAAUCCCCGUGACGGGGUGAGCUCCUGUUGUUCGGUCCCAGCUCCUGCCCACCUAGCAGUUUGAAAGCAUGUCAAAGUGCAAGUAGAUUAAUAGGUACCGCUCCGGAGGGAAGGUAAAUGGCAUUUCCAUGCGCUGCUCUGGUUUCACCAGAAGCAGCUUAGUCAUGCUGGCCACAUGACCCGGAAGCUGUCUGAGGACAAACGCCGGCUCCCUCGGCCUAUAGAACAAGAUGAGCGCCGCAACCCCAGAGUUGUCCACGACUGGACCUAACAGUCAGGGGUACCUGUACCUUUACCUUUACCUUUACAUGCAACUGAAACCACUAUGUUGCUUCCCGUGUCAAAUUUAGAUUGAUAAGCUCUUCAGGGCAGGGACCUCUCCCUGUAAAGGACCACACACUCAGUUGCUAUUAUUUAACUAAAUAAAGUAAUAAUAUUGUGUGUUUCUUUUAACACUACUUUGCAGAAUAUUCUAUGAGCCUUUGGUAGUGUGCUCUUCGUGCUUAGCUGUUUCACAGAAAAGUGCUUUAAGUAAAAAUAUUCUACAGCUGGGAGGCCAUGCAGUGAAUGAGUGGAAAGAAGGAUGUACUCAUCUUGUUAUGGACUCAGUCAAACUUACAGUUAAGGUGAGUUGUGACAUUUCAAGUGCAUCUGAUAUGCAAGCGUAAUACUGAUUUUUCUGAACUGUGCAUUGCAGUAAAAUGGUCUGUAGUCCUAUAUGCCGCAAACCGUUCUUUCAUAUUCCCUUUCCUGUCAAUUAACUUUAAUAUUUCAUUGGAAAAUUGAGACUUCCUGGCAGCAGGCACUGGAGAAUUGUGACAUUUUUUGUGAGGCAUCUUUGUGCUUUAACAAUGCAGUCAUGCACAUAAUUACUUGGAAGUCCCAAUAUGUUCCUUGGGGUUUACUCUUAGAGGUGUGUAGUGGAUUACAAAUAGCCAUUAUGGAGUCAAAUAAGAGGGAGUGUAUUUUUGGCAUUCCAGAAGAUGUGGAGCUGACACUGAUGGCCAUGCAAUGAACAAUUUAAUAGAAAGAUAAAAACAACAAAGUUAGGAUAUAGGAGGGUGUGGAUUUGGCAUAAAUCUUUGGAUUCGAGUGCAGGAGUGAGAAGAGAAGUUGAAUUGUAUAGAGUUAGCAAGAUUGUAUAGAGUUAGCAAGAAAGCUGCUGUAAAGCAUAUGAGUAAAGGAGAUGAGUGAUUUAGAAGUACUUAGGAGUUGAGUGUAAUUCAGGCUUCCUCAACCUCGGUCCUCCAGAUGUUUUCAUACAAUUCACAUCAUCCCUGACCACUGGUCCUGCUAGCUAGGGAUAAUGGGAGUUGUAGGCCAAAAACAUCUGGAGGUCCGAGGUUGAGGAAGCCUGGUGUAAUUUCUGGGGCUCAGUUUGGUAUUGAUGUGUUUGGGAGUGAUGGGAAGGUAACCAUCCUGGCAGAGUUCGUUGUUAUAUGGGGCAUUAAGGUGUGCUGCUGAUGGGAGGAAUUGAUAAGGCAGUGAGAAUGGUGUCCACAGACAAUGGCAGCAAAAGGGUUGUAGUUUUCUGUUUUAAGAGGGUACCACUAACCAGUGGGUUGUGAGACUGGGGUAGAGAGAUGUGAGUGAAAGGCUGGGAAUGAAGACAGGUUAGAGAGAGCGUGCAGCGUUUUUGUACUAUUGUCAGUUAUGGUAGUGAUUAUCUGCUUUAUCUUUAGGCAAUAUGUGCCUUGAUCUGUGGUCGACCAAUUGUGAAGCCAGAGUAUUUUGAUGAAUUAAUCAAAGCAAUUCAGGCGAAACAGCAGUUACCGACACCUGAAAGGUAAUACCUUAUAAUACACACCCUAGAUUUAAAAAGGAUUUGAUAAUUAUAAUUUGGACUAUUAUGUUCUACUAUGUAGCAGUUGGCUUUAAAAACUCCUGGAGUGUGCCCUGCUUAGAUAUAACCAGUACUUUUUUUUCUGUGGGGACGCAGGGGGACACAUACCCUUAAACAUUUUGUGAAUCUAAGUUUGGCCUCAUUGAGGGGCAGUAUUUUAAUAUGAGUAGGAAAGUGAGAGUACCCUUUAACAUUAUUUUUUAAAAAGAAAGCACUGGAUAUAACCAUAUUCAAGUCAUGCACGUUCAUGAAUUGAAUAUGAUGCAUAACAUACACGCUAUAGAUAUCUAUGCCAUAGUGUAAUUUUAUAUGUCGUCAGAUUAAAUCAUUAUAUGUUUACACACAUUCAGAAUUAUAUGGAACAUUUACGUUCUUGAAGUAUAGCAGAAACAUUUUGUAAAUUUAUACAAUGGUGCUGCUAUAGUUGGUUUUUCCUUAGGAAAGUCUAUAAGGAACUACUCUUUAUACCGUUAUUUCUGGCCCACUGUUGUCUACUGACUGGUUGCAAUUCUUUUUGCAUCUGUAUACUUCUUUAAGUAGAGAGUAUCCAGAACAGACACUUUCACAACUUCUCAGAUUCUGGAACCUCCUACCAUGUUGCCCGGAUUUCAACUUACUCACCCUUAUCAAACCUACUACUACUACUACUAAUAAUUUAUUAUUUAUACCCCGCCCAUCUGGCUGGGCUUCCCCAGCCACUCUGGGCAGCUUCCAAAAGAAUAUUAAAAUACUAUAAUACAUCAAACAUUAAAAGCUUCCCGAAACAGGGCUGCCUUCAGAUGUCUUCUAAAAGCCUGGUAGUUGUUGUUCUCUUUGACAUCUGGUGGGAGGGUGUUCCACAGGGAAGGCGCCACUACCGAGAAGGCCCUCUGCCUGGUUCCCUGUAACUUGGCUUCUCGCAGUGAGGGAACCGCCAGAAGGCCCUCAGUGCUGGACCUCAGUGUCCGGGUAGAACGAUGGGGGUGGAGACGCUCCUUCAGAUAUACUGGACCAAGGCCGUUUAGGGCUUUAAAGGUCAGCACCAACACUUUGAAUUGUGCUCGGAAACGUACUGGGAGCCAAUGUAGGUCUUUCAAGACCGGUGUUAUGUGGUCUCUGCGGCCGCUCCCAGUCACCAGUCUAGCUGCCGCGUUCUGGAUUAGUUGUAGUUUCCGGGUCACCUUCAAAGGUAGCCCCACGUAGAGCGCAUUGCAGUAAUCCAAGCGGGAGAUAACCAGAGCAUGCACCACUCUGGCGAGGCAGUCCGCAGGCAGAUAGGGUCUCAGCCUGCGUACCAGAUGGAGCUGGUAAACAGCUGCCCUGGACACAGAUUUGACCUGUGCCUCCAUGGACAGCUGUGAGUCCAAAAUGACUGCCAGGCUGCGCACCUGGUCCUUCAGGGGCACAGUUACCCCAUUCAGGACCAGGGAAUCCUCCACACCUGCCCGCCUCCUGUCCCCCAAAAACAGUACUUCUGUCUUGUCAGGAUUCAACCUCAAUCUGUUAGCCGCCAUCCAACCUCCAACCGCCUCCAGGCACUCACACAGGACCUUCACUGCCUUCACUGGUUCUGAUUUGAAAGAGAGGUAGAGCUGGGUAUCAUCCGCAUACUGAUGAACACCCAGCCCAAAUCCCCUGAUGAUCUCUCCCAGCGACUUCAUGUAGAUGUUGAAAAGCAUGGGGGAGAGGACAGAACCCUGAGGCACCCCACAAGUGAGAGCCCAGGGGUCUGAACACUCAUCCCCCACCACCACUUUCUGAACACGGCCCAGGAGGAAGGAGCGGAACCACUGUAUAACAGUGCCCCCAGCUCCCAGCCCCUCAAGACGGUCCAGAAGGAUGUUAUGAUCGAUGGUAUCAAACGCCGCUGAGAGAUCCAGUAGAACUAGGAAACAGCUCUCACCUUUGUCCCUAGCCCGCCGGAGAUCAUCAACCAGUGCGACCAAGGCAGUUUCAGUCCCAUGAUGAGGCCUGAAUCCCGACUGGAAGGGAUCCAAAUGGUCCGCUUCUUCCAGGCGUGCCUGGAGUUGUUAUUAUUAUAACUUAAUCAUCCUUAUCAAACCUACUACUGACUUCUGGCUGUCAUUCAUCCAUUGUGCCUGGUUCACCUGGCAGGGAGAAAUAGCUAGAUGGCAUGGUGACAACCCACUUUAAAAUCCAGGCAACAUUUCUCCGUAGUUUUAUAUAGACCCAUGUGGAACUCCACAAGAAAGUUCCCAUAACAAAUAAUAGCAUAGACUUGUGUGGAACUCAACAAAAAAACUCCUAUAAGGAAAAAUAUCGGUCUCCCAGCACCACCUUCUGUAAUCUGCUAGUGCAGAAGUAGGGGAUCAUUGGCUUUCCAAAUGUUGCUGUACUCCAGCUCUCAUCAACUCUCACCAUGCUAUUUCUGGUUACAUGUGCAAAUCAUUUUGAAAAUGAUUGUAUUGUGCAAAUUUAUUAUAUAUGGCAUUUUGACAGCCUUUUGGUGGGAUGCAAGUAUUCUAAAUAAAUAAAUAAAACACCACCCUGGGGUAUCUGGAGCUGCUUAGCCAAAGUCUAUUUAUUUGUCUAGGAAAGGAGGAUUCUAUACUGGUUUGUAACUUCCGAAUUCAUGUCGAUCCAGUGAAGACUUCCUCAGCUAUGGUCUUUAACUAUUUCCUCUUUCAGACUAGGUGAAGCAAAGUCUUCCCAUGGUGAGGAAGAUUAAGUAUAAUUAUAUUUAAUUGGCAAAGUGUUGUACUGCUGACUCGUUGCUAUGAGCUCUUGGGGAAAUGACAGGAUAUUUUUGGAUGUUAUGCGAGUUGAUUCGUCUUCAUUUUCACAGGUUGCUAUAGAGAUAUCUUUGGUAAUAUCUUUUGAAGUGGUGCAAAUACUCUUGGGAAUAUGAACAUUAACAAAACAUUGCUUUAAAAAUAAAUUAUGUAGUUAAUAAUUGCCUUGGUAAAAUACAUCUCAAUUCACAAUCUGAGAUCAGGUUCAUGUUAAAUUAUUUCUGCUGAUGAAUAAAAUGAACAGUUUUGUGAUGCUUUGAUCUUCAAUUAAAACUAAAAUUUAUAUUGCCUCUAGAGAGGACCUACUGUCCAUAUAAACUGUAUGGAACAGCUUUUAUUUUUUAUGUAAUUUGAAUUCACAACUUUUAUUUAAACCUUUGAACUUUUUUUGCAGACAGGUUAUACACAGUGGGCAUGUCAUAAAAACGUGUCUGUGGAGUUUUCAGAUUUUUGUUAAUCAAACAGAUAAUCAAAUAUUAGGGUGCAUGGUUGUGGUCUUUGCCUUUGUGCAAGACCGACUUCAAGAUUGUGUUCGGGGGGGGGGGGCUGGAUAGAGAAAAAAAUGAACAUGUGUUCAGUGAUGCCUGGGCUCUAGGACUACAUGCUACAUGGGUGCAGAAGAAGCAGACCUUUAUUGUUGAGCCUGUGUGCAAAUGGAUAAUGCCUCAAGAUUACUGUGUACAACACUGCGUACAACAUAGUAAACCAGCUAGAUGUUGGAUAGAAAAACAGAUGUACUCAAACUAGGUAAGCAAUGUAGAAAUGAAUGACAGUUAAUAGUAGUGUAAAAUGUAAGCUACAUUUUUACAAUCAUUUCUUCCAUUCACAGUUUUUACCCUCCUAUUGAUGAGCUGAGUGUUAAGAAUAACAAAUUAGAUCUGGCAACCUCUCCCCUAAGAAGAACAAUAUUCAAAGGAAAAACGUUUGUGUUUCUAACUGCUAAGCAGGUAACUGGCACUGUUCAAAGCUUGACAAAAGUAAUUUAAAAUACUUUUAUCUACAGAGAUUAUUUUAAUAGCACAGGUUUUGUGUACUCAUUAGCCCUCCUUAAAUGUUGUACACAUGCAAUAAUGAGAAGAAGGUUUGCACUGCUUGGCCUACUGAUGGCCUUCUCAGUAUUGGCUGUGGAACACCCUCCCUUCAGAUGUCAAGGAAAUAAACAACUCUCUGACUUUUAGAAGACACCUGAAGGCAGGUUUUAAUGUUUGAUGUUUUAGUACUUUCUGAUACUGUGAGCUGCCCAGAGUGGCUGGGGAAACCCAGCUAGAUGGGUGGGUUAUAUAUAAUAAUAUUAUUAUUAUUAUUCAUGACAUCCAUGGACAUUGAGUGUGUGAAUGCACACAGGGAUCCCCAUUCACAUGGAUUACAUAUGCAUGUCCAGCUACUCUUUCAUAGGUGCCGUUUUGCAGAUGUCCAUGCUCAGUGUGCAGAUGUUGAGAUUAGGUCCCUGGGGGUUGUGAUGUUGUGAGUGGAGCCACUGAUGUGUCCAUACUACUUCUUAUAAAAACUUGAGCCCCUACUAUUUAUUUGUCAAAAAAUUUUUUCACUCAAGUGCCUCAAAGUAACUUGAGCAGUGAAAAUUAAAAGUAACAAAGACAUUUUUUUUUUUUUUUAAAUCAUAUUUAUUAAAGUUUCCAAAAAUAUAAAAAUACAAAGAAAAAAGACAAAAGAAAAAAGAUAUUUAAAAACCUUACUUUCAUUCCCUACUUUCUGGGACUCCCCCCCCCCAAAUUGUAUUCCCCUUUCCUUAAUUUGGUUCUACAAGCUCUCACUCCCAAUUUAAAGCUUAAUUUGUUUAACCCACUAUCCAGAUUGAAUUGUACAAAUCUUACCACCGUCCCACAUCAUUAACAAAAAAAGAAAAAAGAUUUUCCCCAAGAUCCACCCCAGUUCCUUCCACAAAUUCCCUUUUUUUUUAAACACGUCCGAUCAAAGUAAAAUAACAUGCAUAAGUUAUGUAAAGAAAUAGAAAAUAAGAGAUAUAGAAAAAUUCAAAAGAUGGUUACACAGCCUUUGGAUUUCAAAUCUCCCCCCCCCCCUUCCCCGGUUUGAAUUCCCCAUGUCCAUCAGUCUAUACAUUAUCAGCUUGGAAGUCUCAUUUCAUGACCAGAUUUCUCCCGAUUCCAUCUUGCCGGUUUUCUUUUAAUUUAUUAAUUUAAAUAAUAUUUAACUUCAAAUGUCCAAUCUAACAAAGGCCUUUAAUUUCCUUGAUCUUUACCACUCCUCCCGUUGUUCUUUCCGUGUCGUAAUCAGUCCUUUAUUCUUCUUAUUCCUCACUUUCUCAGGUUUCUUGUCCUGUUCAGCUGCUAAAACUUUCUAAUUCAGAAAUCUAGUGUCUUUGCAGAGGUUUGUUAUUCAGGAACAAAAACUUACGUCCAGUCCCUUCCUUUCUUCAAUAAAAAUUCCAUUGUCUUCCUCUGUAGACAAAAUACUCUUUCAGUUUUGCAGCUUUCCCAGAAGAUAACAAGUCCUGUACGAAUCCCAGGGUAUUUUUCCACUUACGACCGUUCUUGUAGUAUCCCGAAACCCCUCUAGGGGAUUGUAAUAACUUUGUAUCCUCUAAUCCAAAAGUCAAAUUGUUGCUUAUUUUCCAACAGUUUAUAUCCAUAUUAUAGCAAAUUGUAACAAAAUUAACCAGCAAGGUCCUCAUAACAAAGUCCUCUUUAUAUUCUCCAGCUUUGACAGCCACUUUGACAGCUGUCAAAGUCUCCGUCUCUCUUCACCAGGCUCCACGAAUCGCCCCGGUUCCCAGAGGGGGGGUUGCAUUUGUCUUCUCACCCUCCACUCUUCUCCUCCAGCACAUUUCUUUUAAUUUCCCAUCGUGAAAUUAAUGAUUUUUAUCAGAGAUAUACUUCCCUUUGGACCUUGGUUACCCAGUCCUUGUUUUGGAAUGCUUACAAUAGGGGGGGGGAUUGACUUCCUUGUUAAAUCGCCCCCGCUCGUGCCAAAUCCAAAAUUUUGAACCCGGUUUCCCAAUUACUCACGGGUUGUUGUUAAUAGUCCAAAUUUUCAAUGGAAGAAGUCAGCGCUCUCCGUCGAAUGGCAUGCGGCUGCGCUCGGCAGGGAAAGCAGUGGACUCAAAGCACCACGCCACUCCCCGGCACCCGAUCCGAAGCCUUUAAAAAAGGCUCCUUCACGAGUCGGGAGGGCGCUAAUGGUGCAAGCCGAGUCACCCAUGUCCACGGACUCCGUGCCCGUGGUUUUUAAGGGUCCCCGCGUCGCCGGCGCGGUAGGACCCAGCCCCUGCCGAGCAGACUCCCUCCGGAGCUCGGAGGGAGUCCGCCAUUCGGCGAUGGCGCUAACCCGGAAGUCUAAGUAACAAAGACAUUUAAAUUAGAUUAUUCGAUAUAUGAACAUUUGUAACCCAAGUUAAGGACUUUUGUACUCAUUGGAGCUCAGAACUUGACUUUUCAGUCAAUUUUCUACUUGUCUUUAUUCAGAGUCAUCUAUUGAGCUGCAUUCAUGUUAACAAAAGGCACAUUGAACAUGCAGCUUUUAAAAGUGAGCAGAGAACUGGCUGAAAGACCACCAAGGGCUUGUUCUCUGAUUGGAAGAAGGUCUUGGGCUUGCCCACUUCCUCCCAUGUCUCCCCCCCAUUGCAUUGCAUGCACCCACAUGCAUUACUGUGUGUGCAAUGUAGUGUCCAAAGUGGGUACUGUGGCAUUUUUUAGAAUGCAGAACCUGCCUGACUCUUUCCUAUCUUGCUAAAGGAACUCAAGUUGUAUGAUAUAAAUCAGGGAUGGGGAACCUGUCACUCUCCAGAUGUUGUUGUUGUUUAGUCGUUUAGUCGUGUCUGACUCUUCGUGACCCCAUGGACCAGAGCAUGCCAGCAUUUGUAGUCCAGUGACAUUUGGAGGAUCACAGUUUCCAUACUGCAGUUGAUAGUCUUUGUAGACAAGGUAAUAUGAUAAAAUGGUAAUAAAGAAGAAACCUUUGAAAUAGUAAUAAGCACACUUGUAACAUUCUCUGUAUAUACCAUUACAUUUAUUGUCACUUGUAGAGUCCUCAUAUUGGUUACAUUACUUCUUAAGUUACGAAAUGGUAUGCUUAUUAUAGAAAUGUGUCAUAUUAAUGUGAGCUCUGUUCUUUGAACCUUUGGGCUUUGUAUUUAAUUUUAGUUUGCAAAACUGAGUGCAGCAAUUAAACUUGGAGGAGGAGAAGCGAAACUGAUAACGGAGGAAGCAGAGAUUGUUUCUUCUUUGGUAGCACCUGAUAUUUGUGUCAUUGAAGUAGGGUUGACAAACUCUCAAGAAUCCAUUUCUGACUUGGACAGGAAAUGGAUGGAUAGAAUCACAGCUAUCUUCCAAAGGUAGGAUUGCUGAAAUGUUAGUAAUUGAGUACAGAGGUUGUUUUUUGUUGUUGGAGGGGCUGUAAAACCGUAACGAAUACAAAUAUACAAAUAGGGUCUGUAAAAUAUCUGUGCAUAUCUAAUUUUAAAGUAAGUCCACAGAUUUCUAUCACAUGCAAGAAAUGAUUGUAGCUGAAUUAGAAUAAAAAAAGCUCAACAACUUUGGUCGGCCCUUUGGUCGGCCCCCAUAGCGCUUCACUUCAUCAAAUCUGGCCCUCUUUGAAAAAUGUUUGGACACCACUGGAUGGUGGUCCUCCAGAUGAUGUGAAUUACAGUUCCUAUUACCCCUAGCACUUAUGCUGGGGUUUGAUGGCAAAUUGGGUUCAGUCACCUUGAGAUGCUUCAAUAAAAUGCAGUAUAUACAUAGUGAUUAUAAAUUAACAACAUCUGGAGUGUCUCCCAGACUUGUUAUACAUGUGCAGUCUGAAUAUAAAUGAAUGUAGGCAGGAAACAGCAGGUUACUAGAAUUAAAUGUUUCACUGACAAUUUCCCUUGGACCAUUUUAUUCAUUUAAAAUAUUGUUAGCUCACCCUUCAUUAUAACCCAGCCCAGAGUCUUGUUAGAAUGCCAUAUAUUUUUUAAACAAAUACUGAUAUCCAUCCCUUGCCAAUUCACAGGUUGCAUCCUGCAUGAUAGUCUGUUCCUUUACUGUAAUGUUUUAGCAUUAUUUUCCAAGGAUGUUAUUUGGUGAAUGACUUCCACUUGUUUUUCUGACAGUGUGUUUUAUUUCUAAUAGGAAGCAAUGGAGGACAAUAUCUGAAGCAGAAAUUGGUCUAGCAGUUAUUUUUUCAUCCACAAAAACAUACUGUAAUCCUCAAACUCCAGUAGAUGCAGGUAAUUUUUAAAAUCUGUAUUUUAAAAAAAAUCUUUGUCCUGCAUUUUUUACUUUUAAGGAACUGAAUUCAGCAGACAGCUUAAAAGAGGGAGCAUAUUAUUUAAGAGUGCUUUGUUUUAGGAUAACAGAUAGCCUUAUGUUACUGAUGACCCUACAUCUUUUUUGCUAGUAGAUUUAACAGAUUUUAAAUAGCUUUCAAUUGGAAAAGUAAAAAGCACCAGGAUUUUAGUAUCCAAUUUUGACAGCAAAUAAGCUGAAUCUCACUUUUAUUCACUUCCAUUCUUUUUCUGCAGCAUAAUUCUGUAACUUCUUUAUCUAAUUAAUUUGCUUAUAGGGGAGAGGCCAGAGACGGGUCCUGUGACUUGCUCCCAAUUCAUUAAGUAUGGUUGACCACUGGAUAGAAUUAGUUCCAGAUUGGCCCUUAGUUUUAGGAUGUUCAGACACCUCAUGCAAUAGAAUUUUAAGUAAGAGGAUAUACUAGAUUUUAGGUUUUGGUAUUGAAUACAGUGGUACCUCGGGUUACAUAUGCUUCAGGUUACAGACUCUGCUAACCCAGAAAUAGUACCUCGGGUUAAGAACUUUGCUUCAGGAGGAGAACAGAAAUCGUGCUCCAGCAGCGUGGCAGCAGCAGGAGGCCCCAUUAGCUAAAGUGGUGCUUCAGGUUAAGAACAGUUUCAGGUUAAGAACAGACAUCCGGAACGAAUUAAGUUCUUAACCCGAGGUACCACUGUACAGUGGAACCUCAGUUGUCAAACGUAAUCCAUUCCGGAAGACUGUUCAGCAUCCGAAAUGUUCGACAGCCAAGGUGCAAUGAGCGGUUGGAGAAUUCAAUUGAAAAAAAUGGGAAAUGCACCUCGGAAGCCGUUUGACUUCCAAGGCGCAUUUGAAAACAGAAGCAAUUACUUCCAGGUUUUUGGUGUUCAGGUUCCGAAACGUUCGGCUUCCGAGACUCUCGAAAACCGAGGUUCCACUGUAUUGAAGAAGCAAGAUGGGGAGAUAAAUGGACACUUCUUAGUAGGAAGAGUUGCCCAAAAAUAUAUUUUUGAAUAAUAUUUGUCUGAAAUGGCAUGAAUUAUAUAGUUUUAAAAUGUUAACAUUUAUUCUUCUUUGCUGCUUUUAAACUGCAGGUGUAAAACCCACAUCAGCACCACUUGUUACAGGACCAAAACUUUCUCAAAGUGUAGUAGAUGAAACAGUAAUGCCCACCAUUGCAGCAUACGUAGCUGACACAGAAAUGGACCAACUGAUGGACACAUGGUAAUGUACCAGCAGGAGCUCUUUUGAUUUGCUAUUUCUAAAUAUGGCUUCAUGAUCAAGCCACAGUUAGUCUGACUGUGAUGCCUUUAUUUUCACAUGAAAAUGUUCAUCACGUGCCAAAAACUGGAGGGGUAGAUUCUUGAAUUUCUAAUCUUCUGAAGUUACAAAAGACAGGGACUCCUAGUUUAUGGAGAGUAACUUUCAGUACUGCAUCUGUCUUGUCUUUUGUAAAAAACAAAAAGCCUGCUGGAGUUUUUAAGGCAGGGGGAAAAACGCAACAUUUCAUGUAAACACACUUCAGUCAUUUUAUUUGUAUACUGCUUUUCUGUGUACAUGCACUCAACAAACCAGUGUUAUUUAUUUCAUUCAUAUUCCACCUUCUUCCAAACAGUUCAGAGGAGUGCGGCCCACACUCUAGCCACUGUCCAAGGCCAGCCCAGGGUCUUGUGCAGUCAAGUGUUAGCCUUGACAUAUAACUUCAGGGUAUAUUAAGUACACACAAUUGGGAAAUAGAGCAAGACUAUCACUAGCCACAUUGUGCAAAAUGUGGAAUGUUUAUUACACAUGAAAUGUGGGGGAGGGGAGAAUUGCAGAUGGUGGGAAAAUCAGAACCAAGGGUAGCCAUUACUCAGCACUACAGAAUUAAAACAAUCCUACAUGUUUGCUCAGAAAUGCAUCCUGUUGUGUUUACUUGCUGCUACAUAAUUACAGUGGUAUCUCGGUUCUUGAACGUAAUCAGUUCCGGAAGACCGUUCGAGUUCCAAAAUGUUCAAAAACCGAGGCGAAAAGGCUGUUGGCAAAUUCAGUUGAGAAAAUUGAAAAAUACACAGCGGAAGCCGUUCGACUUCUGAGGCACGUUCAAAAACGCUGGGUUUUCGGCGUUCGGAUUCCAAAAUGUUCAUCAGUUGAGAUGUUCGAGAACCGAGGUACCACUGUAUGCAUAUUUAGUGAUUGUGGCUUAUAUCUUCUGAAAUCCUUGACAUCAAUGAGAAUGCUGCUAAAAUAAUAUUAACAGUAUAAUCUUAUGCAUGUUUACUCAAAAGUUGCACUGAAUUCAGUGAGCUUACCCUUAGUAAAUGCAUUUAGGGCUGCAUUUUAGAUUUAGAAUAUUUAGGCUGCAUUCCUACAUACACUUAUCUAGGAGUAACCUCUGUUGAACUCAAUGAGGCUUCACUCUGAGUAAGCAUUUAUAGCAUUGCACUAUAAAUCCAGAAAGAUUUACAAGUGAUAUGGAAGCUGCUUUGGUGACAGAACUGUUUGCAUCUUCCAAACAAUGAACAAAGGAAUGUUUUUGAUAACCGAAGAGUGGCAUUUUAGGAUCUUAUUUCUUCUCUUAAAAAAAAGUCAGCCAAAGUCGCAACAAACUUACAGGAGGCAUCUUGAUAGGGAUCAACAUGCAGAUGCAGUCAGCUGUAGCUUUGGAAUCUUGCCUCUGCACCAUUUAGGAACUAAUGGUUUGCUGAUCAGAAGGUGGAAUUUGUUGAUGCAUUUGAGCCCUGAUACCUCUCUCCUCACCUCCCAAAAUUAAGCAGGGUGUUCUGUACAGACUGUUAUUGGUGAGGUGCUCAAGCUGCAGUCCUAAUUCCACUUACCGGGGCGCUGCUGUGUUGACAUGGUUAGGACUACAGCUUUAUCCACAGUGAUAUUAGCAUUUCAUAGAUCACAUAGGAUUUACUGAGUUCCAGUUAUUAUGGACACAGCCAGCUGUUUUCAAAAAAGAAGAGAGUCAUUUUUGAAGCUGCUGUUGGAGGGGAGCAUAGGAAGCUCGAGAGAGGAGAAAAAUGGGCAGAGGGACAGGUGGAGAAAAGCAAGAAAGUGCAAAUAGGAUAGAAAGGAAUCAAUCCAAUCAAUCAAUCAAUCAAUCAAUCAAUCAGAAGGAAAGUAAACUAGUUGGUAUGUACCAGAUGGAAGAAAAAAAUAGUGUCUGGAAGCAUUACUAGAGUGUGUGCAGGUGUGUGCUGCUGCGCUUUUGAAUUUGUUCCAGCAAUCCCUACUGAUACUGGUAGGUAACAUCUACUUUGCAAAGGAGCAGAUUUUUCUUCCUCAGGCCCUGCCAUUCUCCUGCAGUUUUGCCUUGCCACUGCGAUUUCGGUGGGCAAGUUGAGGAAGAGGGUGGACGAAAGCAAGCAAACAAUGGAAAGGGAAGAAAUGGUUUUCCUUUUCCUUUCACUUGCUAAGUGUGUAACCCAUCCAAGAUUAGCAGAGCAAACUCAUAGACAUACAGCACCGGUGACUGUGCCCUUCGUUUGCAUGCAUACUUAUUAGUGCUUUGUACCCAAGUCCCUUUAAGGAACUGACAAAGAUGCAUGCACCCAUGCAGGGGAGCUCAGCAGCUGCCAUUCUAAAAUGCCUCCAUUUUAGGGUCCUGGAAGGGAGGAGGGUGGCUGAGUGAGGAUGAGAUCACUGAGGAGCCCAUCUGAGCUCAUGGACCCUCAGCCAAUGCCUGAUUUUAUCAAUCGCUGCCAUCAAGGCCUGUUACUACUCCUAUAGCAGAUGAUGGUAGAGAAAUUUCAAAUUCCUGGGAGCUGGCAAAAAAAAGAAGAAAUUCUUUUGCUUCAAUCUAGCAAGAAAUUCUCAUCUUUAGGUGCAACCCAUGCAUGGACCUUACAAAUACCUCACAUUUCUAGGGAUCAGCAGAAUAACCAGAAAUCUGAGAAACGGAUUAUAGAUCAUGUAAUGUGAUGGUACAGGUUUUGGUCAUUGACUUAGUACUUCCUGCUCUGACCUAUUACUUUUUUCCUUGUUUACACAGCAUGGAAGUGUCAGGAGAGAACAGAAAGAGAGCAACAACUCCUAUCAGGGAACAAAGGAAAAAACCUUACCCCCUGGAUAUAACUACUGUUAAUGAGACUCCAGCAGGAACUGGCACUGUGAAUGUUGGGGCUACAUUACCCAGGUUGAAUGCAAGGCCCGAGACAAACCAGAGUAGCCUUUCGCCCUCUCCCUCUAAAAUGUCAGGGGAUAGGAGAAACAAAGAGGGCGAUUCACAGCAACAAUUGAAUUCAAUUAAAAACUACUUCCAGACAGUUACCAAAAAAAGGUAUGUUCACAUAAAUCUCUUGCAGUCAGGCUAGUUCUAAUAUUUAUUCCCUAAUUUUUGGUCUUUACUUAGCUUUCAAAGAUCUCAGAUGUUUCAGUUCCAUAGUUAACUGAAAAUAUGUUAAAUCCUCACAAACAAUGCAUAUUGAUAACAUGCUGGCUCCAAGAAGCUUUGCCUGAAUAAUGCUAAUCAGUGCUACAUUUUAAUUUUAAGUUUGCUUAUGAGUAAGCUACCUUUUGCUGAUUGCUCCUAAGGAUGCCAUCACGAUGAAUCCCAUUUAAAAUUAGUGACACUACAGUGCACAGUUAAAUGCUUGCUAUGAUUAUUACAAGUGCCAUCUGAGUUGUACUUGAUUGGAUUCAGUCUGUCUGGGUUCAUAUCUAAUCAUCAUAAAGAUGAGAACAAGUGUGUGUUUGUGAUCUGUCUGUGUAUAUCCAUUUGUGAUGUUCUGCUUGUGCAAAUAGGAACUAAGUGUCCCUUUCCUCCCUCCUUUGCACCAGCAACAUUUGCUCUAGAGGGUUGGGAGAUCUAUCAUGUUCACUUGCACGAUGUUAGGUUCUCCCUCAAUCUGAAGAGAAAGUCUAAAAUGCUUUUUUUUCUAUUCAAGGGAAAGGGAUGAGGUUGAAGAAACAUCACAGUCUAAAUAUGCAAAGAUAGAGGAGAAGUCAUCACUGGCUUCUAGUCAUACUCAGCCUGUAACUUCUUGGCUGUGGGAAAGCAAGGCAGGAGGAUCUCAAAAAGGGCCAUGUACCUUGGACCAGAACACAAACAAGUCCUGUAUAGGUGGAAGUAGAAAGUCUAUUGCGGAGACUAGCCAGUUAGAAAAUAAUAAUAAUGAAAGCAUUGUUGCAUCAAAAAAGAGAAAAGAAUUGGAAGACCCAAUAGAAGACGAAGCAUCGUUAGAACUUGUCUUUGCAAGCCAAGAACUGGAUUGGGAAGACGAUAUAGGAAAUCAUGGUGAAGGCAGUACUCAAGGUGCAAAGAAGAAAAGGAAAUUGGAAAUGAAAGAAGAGAAUUCAGAUAUGGAGAGUGGGAGACUUCAGGUAGUGACAUUUUUUUCUGUCUCAUACACACACAAACACACACACACACACAGAGAGAGAGAGAGAUGCCAUAAACCACAAUUUUAGACUAUUAGCAUAAAGAUAAAAUUAUUUUGAAUUUAUAUCAAUAAAAGAAGGAAGAAUAUAAAUGCUUUAUAUCAUUUUACAGGAGGGAUAGCAAGGUGGGUAUAUAUUGUACUCAGACUUCUGGAAUUUUAGAGGGUGGGCUUCAUAGAACUACUCUUCAGAUCUGCCAAAGUGGGGGGACAUUUAGAACAGGGCCAAGCCACUGAUGGAUUAAAAAUAUAUUUGGUAAAGUGAUUAGCUAAAUAUUCUGUAACAUGGUAAAAUAUUUAAAUCAUUGAUUUAGAGCAUCAGGCAGUAUCAGUAAAUAUCCCCUUCAGGUUGAGAUUCCUUUUUGUUGCUUUCACCAUUUUUUGUGUAGUUCGCAUUUCUUCCUCCCCAGCCCCCAAAUGUGUGCAUAUCCAUUCUAGCAUACUCAGAUGUCCCCAUGUGCUUCACUUGAGGGGCAGCUUCAUGUACUUCAUGUUUUUGCACACGCUUUCUUGUUGUAAGGAUGGAAGCCACUGGGCACAGAAACUCCAUGUGCUCAUUGAACAUGAAACAGAUUUUUCGAUGCAAUGUGCCUGUUUCUGCUAGUGUUGGCAUUUGGUAUACUCACACUCACAGUGGAGAGAGAGGUUUGUUUUCCCUUAAAGCUUUUGUUUUCCUUUACAACUUUUACAUGGAAGAACUGUGGUCGCCUAGUACACCUAAGGUUCAAAAACAAAACUAGUCACAAUCCACUGCACAAUUAAAAGCAUUUAUGUCCCAUUGAAACCACAGGUUUAUGUAUGUUGAAGUCUAUAUUGAAUUAUGCUGGAAAUCACAAGUGUGGAGAAUGCAGUUGCGUUCCAGUCCUGCUUGCAGGACCUCCCAUAGGAAUCUAGUUGAUCACUGUGAUAACUGGAUGCUGGACUGCAUGAGCCCCUGGCAGGAUCCAGCUGGGUUUUUCUUACAUUACUAUGUAAAAUAGCUUUUAUCCAUUUUUUUUAUGACCUCUCGUGAGAACCUACUUUUGUUGGGUCGGAAUUGUUUUCCUGAAUAACUUCACACUAUUCUCCUAGAGAUUUUUCGGAGUAUGUACUGACUCUUCUACAUCCUUCUUUUAUUGUGCUGCCACAGUAAAUCAGCCACACUUCUCUGCACAACAGCAAUUUUAAAGUUGCUCAUUAAUGAAAGCAAUUAUUUCUUCUUUUAUACUUUAAAGCUGUGAAAGUAUUUCACUUUGAAACCCAAGAACUAGGUAACAAGUCAAGUUCUGUUUUUGCAAGCUGUGACCAUAAAUAAAUUCUGCUGAAUAGAAGGCUUCUUUAGCUUGGGAGAAACCAAGCUGAAGAACUCUUUCAUUCAGAGUAAUUUAUUUUAGCUCUCUCAUGUGGGAGCUACCACACACUUUGACAGAAGAACCAUUUGUUAUUUCCUCUAUUUGAGGAGUAGUCAGAGACAGACGAGUUCAGCAUUUGCUAGCUAGAGUUCAGGCAAGUAGCUUUCAGCCUACAGUUUUCAGCCUAAUUCUACUGUAGUGGUAUAGAGUAUAUGUUAGACACUUACCAAUACCUUUUGUUAAACAGCAAGAAAAGAAGCAGUCGCUUCCAGUUUUAAACCAGAAACAAGAAAGAGAAGAAUCACCAGGCUCUGCAAAGAAUGACUCCAAUGUAAGGAAUAUCUUCAUGUUAAUGUUUCGUGUAUUUAAUUUUUGCAAUAAGUAAUGUGGUAGGAAAUGCAUUCUUUUAAAUUAAAAAGAUACUCCAAUAUUACGGCUAGUGACAUUUAGUUUUUUGAAAAUAUAUCUAAAAAAAAGCAUGUCUUUAAACUAUUUUGUUAGCAUUCUAUUUGUUCGCUUCCCUCCCAAUUAUUAAUUGAAACUAUCAAACUUUCAUUGUUUGCUAGAGAACUAGGAAAUAGACCCAUUUUCCUGUCCUACUUUGUAGGAGGAACGGGCAAGUUUGUUGUCAUGUAGAAAACGAGUGAAAGGUGUGAAGAUAGUGAAUGUAUAAAUUGAUGCAGAUAUUUCAUAGUUCAUUAAAUGGCUAAAGGGAGAUUUUGGUUUUCCUUGAAGAAACUGAUUUAGUUAGAAAAAGUUUGGAAAUGUUUUCAAAUACCAUCUCAGAAAAUAGAUGACUAAGUACUGUACCUACAAUUUUAUGAUGAAGAAUAAAUGUUUAUUGUAAUAAACAAGCUUGAUUAGAAUAACCUCAGUAAUUGCUCUAAUUCUUUCCCCCCUCCUAAAUAAGAAUCCUGAUAGAUGUGCGAAUGACUCUAGCAAUCUGCCCAGCAGGCUCCUGCUGACUGAAUUUAGAUCAUUGGUUGUUAGUCAGCCAAGGAAAGAUGGUCGUUGCACUGCAAAAAUAGAUUAUGGACAUCUGAACAACUUUAAAAAGUUUAAAAAGGUUGGUACAUGCUUUUAAACUCACAAGAGGAUAUUACUUAGAACAUACAGGAAAGUCGUACCUCGGCUCCUGAACACCUUGGGAACUGAAUGUUCCGGUUUUUGAACAUUUUUUUGGAAACCGAAUGUCUGUUGCAGCUUCUGCUAUUGUUUCCGGCAUGCCUGUGCAAUCAGGAACCAAGCAGAAGUCGUGCCUUCAUUUCCAAACUUUUUGGAAGUCAAAUGGGCUUCCGGAACGGAUUCCGUUCGAUUUUUGAGGUACAUCUGUAUUAGCUAAAUCUGACCAUCUUCUGGUUUUGGUUGGUUGGGUGUGUCUUUUAAUCUAGAGGUUUGCAGUACAGUGUUGGGGAAUAGAGGACUGAAUUAAAUGUAGUCCUAAAAGCUAUUGCAAGGGUAUCUUGAAGCAGAAUGCUUCUAUGUUUAAAUUAUAUUGCACUCUUUGGGAAUGAUCAGAAAUUGGUAUUGUUAUUGUAAAAGGACAAACUUAGAGCAGAUCAGUCAGAAUCCAUUUGUAAUGUUGUUAAGCUUGAAUAGAAACAUUAAAGAUAUACACUUUUAAGUGGAUAAUUGUAUUUAUAACUGUAUUACAUUAUUCCUGUAAUGUAUCUGAAACCUGCAUAGUUUGUAUAGUGCCUCCUGCUCUACAGCCCAAACCUAGAAUGAAAGAAUACUCAACAACUGUAUUUAAUGUAUUCUGAGUUUUCUUCAAAUGAUAGAAUGCAAUAAUGACAAAGGGCACCCUUGGCUGCUUCUUUGAAGCUGAAUUGAGUAAGUAGCUGUUUCGGAUUACAUCUUUGCAUAGUGAGACUUGUAAAUGCGUUGGAGCCCCAGUUUGAAACCUGAGUUAAAUAGAGUUGAGAUUAAUACAUCUUUCCAUUUGACAGGUAGCUUACCCUGGAGCAGGACAACUUCCAUAUAUUAUUGGGGGAUCGGAUCUGAUAGCUCAUCAUGCUAGAAAGAAUUCUGAGAUGGAAGAAUGGUUGAGGCAAGAAAUGGAGGUGAGGAGCAUGAAGUAGUUAAAAGCAAAUAACCUGCAACCUUGGCACUAUCAGCACCAUGCUCUAACCCAACUGAGCUAUCACAGUCAUGAUCAUGAGCUGUAGGUCAGUGUUUCAUACACUGGCUGGGUGAGGGGCUGCCUUGAGAGUGGAAGUUCGUGGAAAAUCGGCUGGAGACCACUUGAAAGCGGCCUCUUCCCACUUUCCCCACUCCCACUGCAGCCCCACCAUCCUCCCAUCCCUGGCCUUUUUGUAGGAUCUUCAGAAGAGACCUUUUGGCACAGGGCAGGCAGUAUGCAGUGGGGCAGAGAUGGUAGGGAAUAUACCUUGUUUCCUUGUGCUCAUGCAGUAUUGGAUACCACCCAUUGUAUUUUUGUGUAAAUGCCUGACUGCACCCAAAUCAUGCUGGUUCAGAGCAGUUCAUAUUUGGCAGAAGUUCUCAAAGAAUCAUUUAUUUUUCUAGGAACAGAGUCGCCAAGCAAAAGAAGAUUCGCUUGCAGAUGACCUCUUCAGGUGAGGGUUCCCUCUUCCCCAUAACGGACUCAAGGGUGGAAUCUACACACAUAUAAAAUCUUUCUGAAAAUGCUUUUUAAAAAAGCGUUUUAAAAAACACAUUGGAUUUUCCAUAAGGCUCUUCAUUGCCAUCUAGUGUCACAUUGUACUGUAUAUUGCAGUUAAAACACUUAAAACAUUUUAUUUGCAGCUGUAUAGCGACUGCCUGUUCUUCCCUCCAAACAAAUAACAAACUAUGGAACGGACAUAGCUAGCUUUUAACUAUAUAAAUAAAUACACCAAAUUAAUACCUGGUUCUUCAGAGCAGACCAAAAUCAGAAUUAAGAAGCAAGGACAACUUUGUGCCCCAUUUAUGCUUCUGGAAGGAAAACCCAAAGAUGAGAAUUUUUAAUUAACAUUUUUUAUUGACAAAUUUGAUAAGUGACAAUAAUUUUUGCUGCCAGUUGAAACUGCUCUUGCUGUUGGGUGAUAAUAGGCAGGAAGCCUCUGAUCAUAUGGUGGAAACUUCUACACUCAGUCUGUUAGAAAUCGGAAGAAGCAGUGUGCAUGUUAAUGCAUGGCCCACUGUGCAGCAAUAGACUGCCCAGAAAGUAUCGAAGUAAAGUAAAAUGUUAAUUCACCCUGGAUUAGUCUGUUUCCUUUUAUGUGUUCCUUGGCAAAGACCACUCUGCUUGGGGAAUAUGCCAUAUCACAAGUAUUUAGAGACCCUUGGGUCAGGCAGUCCCAAAUUCCAGCUGGGCAUGUCGGCACCCAUUUUGGGUCUGAGACUUAAUGACAGAAGAAAUGUCUCUGAUACAAUCUGCACAUGUGAUCACAUCAUCAUCAGAGACCCUGUUCUGUGUUCUGCCAUCAGAGAUAUGACAUGUGGGCCUUUUCGGUCACUCUGAUACUUAAACGGUAGACUGUCCUCCUACACUGGCCCCAUGUGGCCUCAUCACUGCUUAAUAUUCAACAAGCAAUAAAGAUUCGACUGUUUCAGCAGCGGGGUGCAUUGUUGCUAAUGGAUUUGAGAUUCAACUGCUCCUUAAUGGUUUUAUUUAUUUACCGUAUUUUUCGCCCUAUGGGACGCACCUUUUCCCCUCCAGAAAUGAAGGUGUGUGUCCUAUGGGGCGAAUGCAGGUUUUCGCUGAAGCCUGGAGAGCGAGAGGGGUCAGUGUGCACCGACCCGUCUUGCUCUCCAGGCUUCAGGAAGCUAUCCGCAAGCCUUGGGAGCCCGGCGGGGGGGGGGGGGAAUAAUUUUUUUUCUUUAUCCCCCCCCCCAAUAAGUGCACCUUAUGGGCCGGCGCACCCUAUAGGGCGACAAAUACGGUAUGUUCCAGCUUCCUUCCAAGCUCAGGUUGUUGUGACCCUGCAACAACCCUAUGAGGCAGGUUGGGCCAAGAAGCAAUGACUGGUCUAAUGAUUCAGUCAGCUUCAUGGACAACUUGCAGGUUAUGUGAAUGUGUUUUCAGUUUUACUGGAUUUCAGAAGCAGGCAUUUAUGCAUUUUUUUGUUCCAUUUAGAUAUGAUCCCCGUGUAAAAAGAAGAUAAGGUAUGCCUUGAAUCAGACCUACAGCAGAAGAAAAGCUUGCCUGGCCCGCUGGCAAUAAAUUGCAACAUCAGAGUCAAUUUUACGCUGAUCAUACUUCCUGAAAACCUGCUUUUCAUAUUGAAGAAAGGAUGCAAGACUUUGAACGGUUCUUCAAACAUGUUACAGCUAGUGAUGGAUCCAUGCGUUAUCUGCCCACAGCGUGAAAGACUGGUCUAGGCCGACUUUGUAAUGCUCAAUACAAAGAUAGCAUUAAAAUUCAGACUAGAGUAGAGCUGAAGCCAUUUAACCCCCUCCUAGGUUUUGCUGUUCUGGCAGUGAAUAAAAGAAGUAUCUCUUCCAUCCCUGACACUACAGUGGCUUCAUGCUUUAAUGGCUAUUGACUCAUGUUAGCAACACUUGGGAAAUGACAUUAUUCAACAGUACUUCUGGCAUCCAGCCUUAGCAGCAUGCCAGGUAUUAGGAAACUGAGAGGAGACCUCCCUCACUUGUCCUGCCAUCACUGCCCCUGUUGGAGCAGCAACAAAGACAAGCGUAGGGGACAGAAACAUGGGAGGACACAGAAAGGUGGUUGAAGGAGCAUUGGAUAUCAUUGGGAAAGUUGCAGGAAGGAUCAAACCUUGUUAUACUACCAAUGAAAUCAAGACCAAAUAGGCUCAGAACUGGAUUUGAAAGGGCCCAAGUUAUUUUCAGAGUUUGAGAGGGAGGGUGCAGAGACUUACUAAGGGGAGUUUGCCCAUUGAUAGUUAUAGCACACAAAGCCUUUGAAAUUCUUUUUCAACUUGCAUUCUCUAUCCAAAAUUUUGUUUUUAUCAAAGCAAAUAGGUUUCUUUUUUUAAAAAAAACCACACAUUUGUUUUAACCUAUUUUUUGUAUGCUAUCAGAAUUGUCAAAUGGCAACAUGGGAUUUGUAACAUGAGUAUUGCUCACUUCUGUACUAUUUUGCAUCUCUCAAACUGGCUUUGUUCCUUUUAGUAAAUUAUUAGUCUCCGUAUUGAUGGGAAAUCUUUUCUUUGCUUCUCAGAAUUUUGAUGCUUACAAAGACUUGUGCCUAUUGCAGAUAGGAAUAAGAGCAGCUGUCUUCAAAUUAGUUUAUUUUGCCUAAGUGGUGUUACAUCUGUUUGGUGCCUUACAUGAGACAGGGUGCUAUAGGCCCAAAUCUGCCAUACUUCUGUUAAAUCAGAGGAAAGUAAAACGGAUACAUCUCCUCAGAUGUGUCCCAUAAACUCCUUAGAUUUAGAAAAGUUUAGUAUCAGUUUGACCAUCUCUAGCAUAUACUGCAUGUCUGCUCCCAUGCAUGGCUUAGCCAAGCUGGUUGAAACAGGUAAUGCCUUUUAAGAGUCUAAAGCAGGCAUCUCUCCACCCAGUGCUGUCCAGAUGUUUUGGACUACUAUACCUAUCUGCCUCAGCCAGCAUGGCCAAUGGUCCGGAAUGAUGGAAGUUGAAGUCUGAAGCAUCUAGCAGACAGCAGGUUGGGGAAGGCUCUUCUAAAUGCUUAUGAAGACUAAACAUUUGCUCCAUGCUUCCAGUCAGUCCAUGCGUGCAGUAUAAGCAAUAAGCCUUUUCUGGGGAUAAUUUUUGUGCUUAAGUACCCAUACAGAGCAUUUUCCCUUGGAUUGAAGGGCGGCGGGGAAGAGAAAUCUAUUUGGGUUGCAGCUGCUUGGUGCUUUCCCUUAAGAAUAACUCUUCCCAGAAACACAGGUAAGAAUGACUGGUAAAUGCUAAUAAAGUAUUCUGUACACACAUUAAUUGCUUGGUUUGCAGACUAUAUACCAACCCGUAGAAAAAGACAUAUGGCUGCUAAUGAUGUCAAAUAUUUAUUAGUCAAUUUCUUUCAUAAUCAUGAACUUACCUGCAUAAAGGGUGUAACCUUUGCUUUCUAAGUGCAUUUCAUCUUGGGGUUGUUGCACAUUACAGAGAAGACUAGUUCAGGUUAUCCACUGCGUUGGUCCCAAGCUUCAUGAUCAUAAUGCAUGAAAGGAUAUAAAUAUCUAACACUCUGAGUUCAGGAGCUGCGAUUGACUGAGGCUGCCGAGUGUACAGACACAAUUGUACACAUGCAUUUCUUCCUUAGUGUGGCAAUAUUCCAGAGGCUGGGCAAAACUCAUUUUCCCCGGAACUUAAAACAGGGGCCCCAUGUAUCUAAGUUGGUAGUUGGAAAGUGGACAUUGUAUUGUUUUCUUCUGCAUGGGGCUGCUUUUGUGCAGUAUGAGAUUCAUACUUGACACUUUAGAUUCUUGACGCUUGAAAUUGGGGGAAUUCCAUGUCAAAUUGGCUAUAGAAAACUAUACAGGUGGGAAGUCAUGAGUAAAGCAUGGGGAUCAAGAGAAUGUCAUACUAGUUAAAAGAUGAGAAGCUGGCUAAUUACCUACAAAUAAAACUGUUUGGCUUGCUAAAUCAACCACAGCAGAUGGUUGGUGUUACUUGUGAUGUAAAAUGUAUUGCAAUCUGGGAAGGUGUAUUUCAAAAUAUAAGAAAGAAAAUGGCAGUGUCUCUUCUUCCAGUACUGUUACCACUAAAAUUGCUUCCCAUUUUGGGUAACUCUUAAAAGGUAAAGGGACCCCUGACCGUUAAGUCCAGUGGGGAUGACUCUGGGGUUGCGGUGCUCAUCUUGCUUUACUGGCCAAGGGAGCCGAUGUUUGUCCGCAUAUAGCUUCUGGGUCACGUGGCCAGCAUGACUAAGCCGCUUCUGGCGAACCAGAGCAGCGCACAGCUGUUUACCUUCCCACUGGAGCGGUACCUAUUUAUCUACUUGCACUUUGAUAUGCUUUUGAACUGCUAGGUUGGUGGGAGCAGGGAGCGAGCAACGGGAGCUCACCCCGUCGCAGGGAUUCAAGCCCCCCCUUCUGAUCGGCAAGCCCUAGGCUCUGUGGUUUAGACCACAGUGCCACCUGCAUCCAGGUAACUCUUAGCAGCACCCUUAAAGUGGCUACCAAUUUUUGUACAAGUAGAUCAAGUCUGUAGCCAUAGACACAUUUGAAAAGAACUCCUGGGUUUAUCAAUUAUAUUUCUCUAGCCUUAAAGUAAUAACUGGUAGUUUCCCAGAUCCUGUGCAUGCAAAUUUGUGUAUGUAGUAAAAUCUGUUAAAAAUAAAUACAGUGGUACCUCUGGAUACGAAUGGCAUCCGUUCUGGAGCCCUGUUUGCACCCUGAAGCGAACGCAACCUGCACGUGUGCGGGUCGCGAUCUGCCGCUUCUGCGCAUGACGUUAUUUUGACCGUCUGCGCAUGUGUGAGUGGCGAAACCCGGAAGUAACGCAUUCCGUUACUUCCGGGUCGCUGCGGAGCGCAACCCGAAAACACUCAACCUGAAGCAACUUCAACCCGAGGUAUGACUGUAGAUAAAUUUCAAUGUCUAGCCCUUGUUUUGGAGAUAACCUGAAAUACACACACAGUAUAGGCACUGGCAAUAACAAUUAUAGUUGCUAAGCACUGGAGUUCAAUGUUUACCACCCCCUCCCUAUUCCCUUUAGAAAUAUUACACCACCCCAAUUUCUACCACACCCCUUGGCAGCCAUUAUCUCACUUGCCACUAUUGUACAAAACAAGGGAGAUUAGUUUAAUGAGUUGCAUAUUUUAUUAGCACAGCAUUCCUUGCAGGUGUGGCUAAAUCACUUCCAAUUGAUCAACACUGAAUUCUGGCCAGCACAGUGUGCAAGUUGCUAGCCUUAAUAUUUUUUUUAUAUAUAUUUUUUAAAAUAAUAUUUAUUGCUUUUAAACCUUAC